CAAGGGGGCGGGGUCGUAGCUCUAGCCUUAGAGAUGGUUAGCGUAAAAACACAUUGGGGGCGGGGCUCCAAGCAGGGCAGCCACUUGGAAGUCUCCGGGGCGGGGACAAGGUUUCCUGUGGGAAGUGGAGUUCCGGGGGCGGGGCCUGUCGCCUCUACUGGAUGUGCGCGGGGGUGGCGCCGAAGGUGGUGCAGGAUGACUCUCCCAAAUGAAUCACUGGCAAAAAAGAUAUUUAAAGGAAUUUUAGCACUUGAACUUCUUGGAAUCACUGGAGCAUAUUUGCUAUUUAAUAAAAUGAACACAAAUCAAGAUUUCAGACAUACAAUGAGUAAGAGAUUUCCCUUAAUCUUGGAAGUUUAUUACAAAUCCAAUGAAUGGGCUGGACUCUAUGGAAUAAGGGAACAUGAUCAAGAAAAAUGGUUAAACCGCAAAAAUUAGAAGAAGCAUUAUUCUGAGAAGGGGUCCUAAGCUUCACCAGACUGCCAAAGGGGUCCACGACACAAACAAGGUUAAGAGCCUCUGGCCUAAAGCAUCAACUACAUAAGUGAGCAUUUUCUCCACCCUUUAUAAAUGUUCUUUAAAAAUUUCCCAUUGCUUUGGGUUACAAGGAUAAUGAAUUAAAAUGUCAAAGUUUAUUGGCACCUGUAUUCAAAGUGGACUAUAAAUGGCUAUAAAUAC